AACAGCUGAAAAGACGAGAAGUAUGCCUUUUAGGACUGCGGCAGUACUGUAGCCCUCAUGGGAUAUGAAACUCCCGAUGGAGAGCAGAUAUUGUCCAUGGAUGGCUUUACAAACCUCCGUGUCGUCUGGAAGGAUUUUUAUUUGUACGAGUCUGAAGUGAUGCGCUGAACAAGCUAAUCUCUGAAAAUGUGAUUAUCACAGGAGCAGAGCAGAAUUUACAGGAUGGCGAGCACCGAGCAAUCUGCACAGGAAUUCCUAGGAAAUGGACGAAAUCUGCUAAUUGGAUCUCGUUUAAACUGUGAUCCUGUAAUUAAAGCCCUAAAUGAGUGUGAAUUCUUAGAAAGCCAUGAGCUUAAUUCAAUUGAAUCUGCAGAAAAUAGUCAGGAUAAGAUAAAAAUCAUACUUGACAUAGUUAUUUCUAAAGGAGAAGAAUCAUGCUAUAAGUUUUUGAAAAUUCUUGACAAAAAAAGAUUUGAAGUAUUUCCAAGACCUGGUUUGGUGUCUCCAGAUUUACAUCACUGGAUUAGUUGCUUCUCCUUCCAGGAUGAACCACAAUCUCAGACAGCAAACAAAACAGAUUCAGAUCCUUGUACCAUAUACCAGGGCCUUUUGAGAUGGAAAGCAAGACAAAUACUGGAUGAUAAAUGGAACCAAAGCAUGAAUUUCUUAAAAAAUGCGCGAAAAAGAAAACCCUUCAUGUACAUACCCCUCGUUAUGGACACAGAUUGUAGUACAAUUGCAAAGCUUAAGAAGACCAAGGGAUCCAAGAAAUCUCGUUCAAAGAAACUCAAGACCUACAUUCCAACAGACAAGAAAAUGUUGUCUCCCAAAGACUUACUAAUGAAUGAUGAGAAAAGCAUCCUGCUUGUCGGAAAACCUGGAGUGGGCAAGACAACAGUUGCACUGGAGAUACUUCGACUCUGGACUGAAGAGAAAAACAUUCCAGUGAGUUACAUGUUUUAUUUUGAUGAGCCUCUAAUGAGAGUCUUCUCUCAGUGUCCAUAUCCUCAAACCUUGAAGGAUCUUCUUUUUCAAAAGUACACAUCCCCAGAUGAAGCAUCUGAUCAAGUCCUGGAAAAUAUUGAGAGCAAUUCAGAGAAUGUUGUUAUAAUUUUUGAUGGUAUCAUGGAUGUGGUUGGAAACUCUGUGAUUAAACAGGUUAUGGAGAAAGAAUUUCUAAAAGAUGCAAAGGUCUUGACCACUUGCAGACCAGAAGCUGAGGAUACAGGUUACCUGUCAGACUGGCGGUCUUAUCGAGUGGAGGUUCAGGGCUUUAAUCAUAAGUCCAUCUAUGAAUACUUUAAGUGGAUGCUGGGAACAACAGAUGACACUGGUGCUUUGGAAAACCCGGAAUUGUUUAGUUUAUGCUCUGUGCCAUUGUAUGCUUUCAUAGUAGCUGCCUGCAUUUCAGUAAGUCCUACUGAACCCAGGAAUAAGCCAUUUACAGUUACUGAGAUGUAUGUCCGAAUUUUUCGCUUUUGCAUGAAACAACACGGACACCAAGAUGUGGAGCACAUGGAUAAGUACAUUAAAGACCACAAGUGGGACGUCAUAAACUUAGCUUUAGCCUCCUAUCAAGCAAUGCAAGCAAGGACAGUGAACCUAACAGUUUUGGAUCAUGAAGAUAAGCCUGUGCAAAAUGCUUUCUUAACAAAGCAAUUCUGUAACCCGUCCACAACCACCUGCAAAGUGUAUGCAUUCCUGCAUAAUACAAUGCAAGAGUUUUGGGCAGCUCUCUAUCUAGUUUUAUAUCCUGACAAGAUCUCCUGUGUACUGGAUCAAUGCCAAAAUGAGGAAGAUGGAAAAUACCUUAAAUAUAUCAUGUCAUUUUUGUCUGGCCUUCUCUCCGACAAUGUAGUUGAGCUCAUAAAGUGUUUGGUCCCAGUAGAACAGAUAGAAGCCACACGUGUUAAGCACUUUCAACAGAUUAUAGAUACUUUCCUUUACACAAAAGAACAGAAUCAAGAAGGCAAUUGGGAGCAGUCUGUGGAAGCUGACGACAUCCUAUUUGUGAGUCGAUGCCUUUAUGAGUAUCAGUCUCCUGAGGCAUGCCGACUCUUCCUGGAAAAGGUCCAGUAUGAGCUUAAUUUAGAGGACCAAACACUUGAUCCUUACCAGUGCUGUAUAAUAUCCUAUGUGGUCAAUCAAGCUGUGCAUAGGAAUAUUGAUCUGGAUCUCACAGAUUGUAGCAUUACUGACACCGGCUUGAAACUACUUCUAAGCUCAUUGAAAAAUCUGAAAUUUCUCAGGGCAACAAGCAUGUUGAAAUCUCAAAUGUGGAGGGUGGCUCUUGAAGCAAGCCAGUUUUCAGAUUUUGAUAGCUUGCUUAGCUUAUUCAGCUUUGAAAUGCAUCUCUCUCUACUUAAAACACUAGACCAAAAAGUGUUUCAAAGGAUAGGAGAAGUCCUUAAAAAUAAGAGAUCAGAGAUGAGUGUUCAUCUUUUUCUGCAUGUAAAUGAAGACGUCAUAACCAGACCUUUGCAGAAUGCAAUUUUUGAGAACUUACCCAAUAUUGCAACCAUUAGGAUUUUCCCCCAUCAAUUUAAAGUAGCUAUAGAAACAGAGCUCUUUCUUCAAGGAGCUAUUUAUGAAAUGGAGACAGGUCAACGAUGUGUUAGGAAACUGCUGUCUGUUUGCAGCAACAAUCAAAGAGAAAACUUUGAUGAACUGUGUAAAUUCUUGUUAAAACUGCAUGAACAUGCUAAGAACAUAGAUGUUCUUCCAGUUUUGCAACCUGUUUUCUAUGCAUUGCCACCUACCUGGGUUGUUCAGCCUUCAAACCCACCAGUGUCACUACUUCUCCAAACCAUGGAUGUUCUAAAUUUAAAGAAGUCCGCUGAACUGGAUCAUGUCACAUAUGAGCUGAGUGAACUUAAAAUAAUUCUACAAUGUAUGCCCUACAUUGCAGAAAUUAGGUUCAGUGCUGCUCUCAGAGAGCAAAAAGACAUCCACAAAAUUGCCAAGAUUGUUGCUGAUCUCUUCAUUCUUGCAUCUGAAAGUGGAGGGGAAAAACUUAAAACCCUUUCUACGGCAUGCAGCUACUCAACCUUUCCCUUUGCCGAAGACAGCAAAAACAUACAGAGCUUGUUCUUUUUGGAUCUCUUCACCCAGUUAAGGGAAAGUUCAUCAUGGAACACAGCGCUACCAGCAUUAAAGCCCAUUCUUCAGGUUGCCCCUGCUGUAUGGACAUUGGACCUACAAACACUAGAGAAGACUCUUGCUUUUACUGAACUACUAAAGCUUCAGGCCAUCACAAAAUCUGUGGAGCUCACAAGCUGGUUGUAUGAAAGAGAAAAUCUUAAGAGUUUCCUAAACUGUUUACCCUACAUUUCACAUCUUUGCUGUGAUGAGCGAUUUUUCCAGUCUGUGUGUGAAGUCCUUUCAGCAGACAGUGAAUGGAAUCCAAAACAGAUUGCAGAGCUUUUAAGAUCCCUUGGUUUUAGCAUUUCUUUGAUAGACAUGCUGCCAAGUCGCCUCUGCAAAGCUGUUGGCAGUGUUUUUGAGCUGCUGGACAAAGAGGAGGACAUCUCCCUCAGUCUUCUUCCACAAAAGAUCUCUUCUCAAGGUUGUACCUACCUCUUUUCAAAUGUGAAAAAGCUUCAAACCUUGAGAUUAAAUGAAAUAGCAACUGUGAAGCUUGCAAGACUGGUCAUGUCAGAUAAAGAAAUAAAUGCUGUAACUGUGGAAGAGCUGUCUUUGGUUUUGACUAAGUCCCAUCUACCAGAGAGAGCACUUUGCCAGCUAUUAAGUAACCUAACUUCUCUCCUUAGCGUCUGGAGAGUCCGCAACUUGAACCUUUCUGAAUUUAAAAUUGAGCCUCACUGGCUCAUUUGUCUGCUGUGUCAUCAGGGUCCUUUGUCCAUUAAAUUUGAUAAAGGCACUCUGCAACAACUGGCAGAAAAUGUGUAUGAUGCUCAAGAUGAAAAUUUGACACAGUUGUUCCUGGAGAAAAUUGAUGGUGAUUUAUCACCUUGCAGUUUGUCCUGGGAAGUUUUAUUUGAUCUAAUUCAGGGCACCAGAAUCCAAGUGACACUGGACCUUGCAGAGGGCAGAUUUAAUAUCCUGAAAGUUCCGAGCCUUCUUGCUGUACUGGACAAAGUCUGCUUUAAAAGGAUAAGCCCACGGUUUGUCAGGGCUGCACUAAAAGAGAUAUAUCAAAACCGUGCAGGUCAUCAGAUUGUGAAAUUAGUCAAAUCUUCAGCUAACCUGAUUAACCUCUGCAUGAGAGAGUUGGAUUCAACCGACUGCAAAGCCCUCUGUUUUGCCUUGCACUAUAGUGAUGGUGUUAAGCUCAACCUGGUGAACUCUGCCAUAACAAACAGUGAGACUGACAGCAUUGUCAAACUUCUGCACAGAGUUUCUGAACUGAGGGUUGAUAGAAAGCUGUUGUUGAGUUUUCUUCAUGCCUUUAAGAACAUGGAAAAACAAGGAUAUCCGGUGUCUUCCCUCUUGAUUGCACUGAACCACAAACUGGACUUCUCCUGCAAUUCUUCCCUCGGCAGUGGUCGAUUUGGUCAAGAGAAUGGGGAUCUUUUAAUCAUGAGUCGUAUGGAUUUUACAGCCAUUUCUUCCGCCAUUAAAACAUCAACCUGUUACACAGAAUUAAUUUUAUACAACUGCCAAGCAGAUGAUUCUGCACUUGAGAUUCUGUUUCCUGUUCUGCACAAAGUGCAUCUUCACUUAGACAAAAGUCUUCUUUGUCAGCUUUUAACCUUGAUUUCCAAUGCCCCCAUGGCUAUGUCUUUGCAAUGGGCAUCAUCACUUUCCAAAGCUCUUGGAAAAGAGCUGGACCUCAGUGACACUUCUCUUAACUAUCGUACAUGUGAGUCUCUGCAGUUAGUCUUGGAUGAAAAAGAGGAUCUUAUACAUCUUAAUCUCAGCUAUUGUCAGAUCACAGAUGCAUGCUUGGAUCUUUUGCUCCCUCACCUUCACAAAAUUAUGGUUUUAGACCUUACUGGAAAUGACAUAACUGACAAAGGUGUGCUGAGAUUCCACCAAGCCUUAGAGGAAAACAGUUUCACAAAGACCAUAUGCCUUUGUGACAACCAAAUAACAGAAAUGGGCCUCCUGGUGGAAGAUGCACGUUUUGAAACCCAAAAGGCUGAUAAAAGAAGAUGCAUCCAACCAUCACACAAUCAUCACAUCACAAAAGAUUUGAGAUCAAAAAGCGAGAUCAGUACUUUUGUUAAGACAGAAGAUCCCACAAAGACGUUUGAGCCUGAAGUAGCAGUAAAUAAAGGCAAGAUAUCCUAUAGGUUUCAAUGGAAAACAGAAGGCCUUUUCAUGUGCAGCGCAACGAGGCUAGUGUUUGGAUUGAAAGGAAGUGGAUGUGUAGAGUACAGUGUAGUUCACUGGGACAUGCAUCUCCUCAUCAACACUCGCUAUGAGCCUGCUGGACCUCUGUUUGAUAUCAAAGCCCCUUUAGGAGAAAUUUAUGAACUUCACCUUCCACACUGUGAGACACACGUCGAUGCAAUUGGAAAUCUUUCUGUUGUGCAUAUACACAACAAGGACACCCGGGAAUUCCUAUCUCCAAAUAAAAUUUCAAGAACACACAUAGCUGUAAAUGUCUGUAGGUUAUCUAAGUAUGGCAUUGUGCAUGAGAAUGAUCAAAACAACAAAAUCAUCAAUGGCCAGGUGCUGCUGUUCCGGGAACCUGAUAUUUCACAGACACAGCAAAGGCUAUGGGUUUUUCUAUUGCCAAGUAAUGUCCCACUCUCUGAGAUUAAAGAACAGCAACAAGAAUAUCAAUUCAUCCAAACCAGCUCUGACUGCAAACUACAGAUAAAUGCAAAGUACACUCUGAACUCAAAAAAAGCCCAAAGAGUCCAACCAAAGGAAAAACGAUUUGAACCCUUGCACGCUGGUAAUUACCAUCCUACAUUUGAGGUCUUCUUAGAUAAGGAUGUGACUGAACUGCGAAUUAAAAUUCAACUUAAAAUAAAGGAAAGCGAUACUAUUAAUUUCAAAAAUGCAUGGAGGCGUUGGAUAAUUCUCAAGAAAAACACAGAUAAUUACGCACAAGUGAGAUCACACACAAGUGAGAACAUUCAAGUAAACCUAACUAGUAAAAGCUGGAUAUCUGUUCUUUGUGAAAUCAUGGAGGAUCUUAGUACUGAGCACUUCAAGAAGCUGAAGUAUUUAAUGAAGCACACUGCGGAAAGAGUUCCCAUUCGUUCAGUGAGGCUUGAAGAAGCAAAAGAAAGGUGUGAGUUGGCGAAUUUGGCUGUUGAGACAUGGGGAUUCGAAGAAUCAGUGAAAGCCAUACAUGCAUUCAUGGAGAAGCUACCUCGCAAUGAUGAUUUUGUGACAGACCGACUAAAGCCAUAUGUGAGACACGUUGACCUUGUGGGUUAGAGCGUAUCACAGACUUUUCAAUCCUUUUGUAGACAGACCUCAGCAUAAAAGCACUUUUUAUUAACAUUCAACAAGAGAUCAAGCCUUGAAAGACUGUUGUUUGGUUGUAUUUUACCUGUAAAUUCUAAGUACACCUGUAUAUGUGGUUUUGUAAUUAAUUUUGUACAUUUGUAUAGAUGUCCACGUUCAUACACUGUAUUUAUUUAACUGAUGCUUUAAUUCAGAGUAUUAAAUCAUUUACAAAUGAGAAGCAUUUCAUCCUAAGGAAGCAGUAUCAUGAGAAGUGCUUCAAUUAACUGUACUGUAAUUAUGACAAUGAGUUGUUCCUGCCUGUUAUUUGUUUAUAUGAGAAUCAUAUGUCCGAAUAUAUCACAAAUGAUCUUCAGAAAUGUGUAAUAUUUGUUGAUGAAAGUGGAAUCAACUUACAAUCAGUGAACAAUAAAACUUUGAUG